CCAAUCCCAUUCUCAGACAGACACCAAGCGAAGCGAAGCGAAGAGAAAAAUACUCAAGGUCCGGUUUGCGAGAUUCAAUUCGAGUUUGUCUUGGAAUUGUCCAAGCCACAUACAAAUCUCAAAAACCAAAAACAAAGAACCAAGUUUAUUUCAGUGUCGGCAAAAUGGUGAAGCAGACGAGUGAGAAGCCCGCAGUGCAAAGCGAUUCCAGGUACAAAGGUGUCCGGAAGCGCAAGUGGGGCAAAUGGGUGUCCGAAAUUCGGCUACCCAAUAGCCGGGAGAGGAUUUGGUUGGGCUCGUAUGAUUCGGCCGAGAAGGCGGCGCGUGCCUUCGACGCGGCGCUUUUUUGCCUGCGUGGCCGCACGGCCAAGUUCAAUUUCCCCGACAACCCGCCGGAAAUCUCCGGUGGGCGCUCGCUCACCCCGCCCGAGAUUCAGGCUGCUGCGGCUCGGUUCGCCAACUCAGCAGAGCCACCGAAAAGCAGUCAUUCGGAUCGGUCGGCAACCGAGAUGUUACCGAUGGAGUCACCGUCACCGUCCCCUUCGGUUUCGGAGGGGACGGUCCAGAUGGAUAGCGAAUUGACACAGGACGGGUCGUUCUCGGAUUUGUUUCGGACAAUGGGUUCGGGCAAUGAUGGGUCGGAUUAUGGAAUAUUCCCGGGUUUUGAUGAUUUUACGCAUGAAUUAUACGCACAGCCUUUCCCUAACUAUGAUUACGGAGAAGAAAAUUUUGAUGGGAUUGCGCCUCAGGAGUCAUUCCUGUGGAAUUUCUAAAGGACACUCGGCUAAAAACCAGCGGAGUGGGUCAGAGGCCCUGGACAGUUUUAGUUUCUGGAGCUACUGACUGUUUUUUCGACCCGCGAACUAUUGAAUCGGGAUCGAUAUGGAUGGUCCAAUUUUUGUACGGCCAUCUUUCCAACACUAAUUAAUUAUUUGUUGGUAGGAUUUUUACAAUUUUUUUUUUUUUUUUUUUUUGUGUGUCUGAAUCCAGAUAUUCCAUUUGUCCAGAACUCAAAAGUGUUAUUGUAUGUAAUUUGGAUCACUCAAUUUGAAUGAUUGUUAUGAAUGAGAAUAUACUCUACAUUUUGUAA